GUCCCAAAAAUCCUCCCCUUCCCCCAAACUUAUUCUCCUCCUCCUCUUUCUCUCUCUCUUUCUCCACUCAUCCCUCGUAUCUCACUCUCUCCCCGCAAAAACCAGUUUCUCUCUUCCUUGAAAAAUACAAAGAGGAACAGAUAAGGGAAAGAAGAUUCUAUUCGUCCCCCCCUAUUCCCCUUCCCCUCUUUCCCCUCCUUCUAACCUCCGUACAAUUGAAUAAAAAGAAGACCACUCCAUUUCUUCGUUUACCCUUCUUGUAUCUGCUUCGUUUCUCUUAUCCCCUUCGCCUCCAAAAUUCUUACAAUUCCCUUCACAUUUCUGCUGGUAACGUGGUGCCUCCAAUUUGAUCUUCUCCUUUUGUGGGAAUUUCCCAGUAUAAAACAAAUAAGCAGAGGAUGACCUGUUGGCUUUCUAUUACCUUUCCUGGAUAUCUCUUUCUUCUCCGCAUCUUCCCCUCUUCCUCUUCUGUGUCAUUGUUUUCUUUCUGAUUCUUUGUCGAGAGGAAGAACAGAGGCUAAAUAAGAAGUUCGCUUUUUUCUUGGUUUCCAAUGUGUAUAAGCUUUGAAAGGUGAGAUUUUUAUUCAUUAGAUUAGAAUUAGAAGGUGGGGAGAGAGAUUCGGGAUGAGGGCGGGACUGAGCACAAUCCAGCAGACGCUGACGCCGGAGGCGGCGAGCGUGCUGACGCAAUCGAUUAAGGAGGCGGCGCGGAGGAACCACGGGCAAACCACCCCGCUCCACGUGGCCGCCACCCUCCUCGCCGCCCCCUCCGGCCUUCUCCGCCAGGCCUGCAUCCGCUCCCAUCCCCACUCCUCCCACCCCCUCCAGUGCCGCGCCCUCGAGCUCUGCUUUUCAGUCGCCCUCGACCGCCUCCCCACCUCCUCUUCUUCUUCUUCCAACCCCCCCAAUCCCACUACUAAUUCCACCACCUCCACCUCCCCCUCCUCCUCCGGCGUCGCCGAGCCCCCCAUCUCCAACGCUCUCAUGGCCGCCCUCAAGCGCGCCCAGGCCAACCAGCGCCGCGGCUGCCCGGAGCAGCAGCAGCAGCCCCUCCUCGCCGUCAAGGUCGAGCUGGAGCAGCUCGUCAUCUCCAUCCUCGACGACCCCUCCGUCAGUCGCGUCAUGCGCGAGGCCAGCUUUUCCAGCACCGCUGUCAAGGCCACCAUCGAGCAGUCUCUCGCCUCCUCCACCUCCUCCGCCGCCACCGCCGCUUCCGCCCCCAGUUCCGCCUCCCCUGCUCUCGGCAUCAAUUUAGCCCCCCGCGCCCCCCCGCGGAACCUCUACAUCAACCCCCGCCUCCACCAGCAUCAAGCCAACACCGCCGCCGCCGCCGAUGGCGGCGCAGACCCGCACCGGAUAGAGCAGGUGACCCGGGUGAUGGACAUUCUGAUGAGAUCCAAGAAGAGAAACCCGGUCCUCGUCGGCGACUCCGACCCGGACGCCGUCAUGCGAGAAGUCCUGCAGCGGAUCGAGUCCGGCCACCCCCCGCCACCCCUCCGCGCCGCCCAAGUCAUAUCCUUGGAGAACGAAUUCGACCGGCCCCAAAUACCAUCCAGGAUCAGAGAAUUGGGCAGCUCGAUCGAGGCCCGGAUCGGCGGCGGCCACGGCAUCGUCCUCAAUCUCGGGGACCUUAAAUGGCUGGUGGAGAGCCCUGCCGGCCUCGGCGCUUCUUUGGGUCCAGCACCAGCUCAGCCACAGGCGAUCAUCUCGGAGGUGGGCCGGGCGGUGGUGGUGGAGAUGGCGAGGCUUUUGAAGAGCUUCGGCGAAUGUGGCCGGCUGUGGCUCGUCGGGACGGCGACGUGCGCCACCUACCUCCGGUGCCAAGUCUACCACCCGACGAUGGAGAACGACUGGGAUCUGCAGGCUGUGCCGAUCGCCCCGAGGUCGCCGCUCCCCAGUAUUUUCCCGAGGCUUGGGGGCAAUGGAAUCCUUAGCAGCUCGGUCGAGACUCUAGCCCCGAUGAAAGCUUUCACGGCGAUGGGCUCUACGACCGUACCUUUAAGACAGCCACCUGAAGGUGCCGAUCCUUCCCAAUGGACAAACCUCUGCCCACCAUGCAUGCAGAAUUAUGAGCGUGAAGUCGCCAAGCUUGCUGCAGAGGAGUCCGAGAAAUCGUCUUCGAAGCCGGAAGCUCAUGAGGCAUUGCCUCAAUGGCUCCAGCUUGCGAAGCUGAGCAAGGGAGACUGCGCCGAUUCCACGGCUGAUUAUUUUCAGUCGAAGGAACAAGAGCCGGUGCGGAAGCCGAGCGCAGAAGAGCUGCUGAAGAAGUGGCGCGACGCAUGCUCCCGCCUACACCCAAAAUUCCAACCGAUGCUCCUCAGCUUUGAAAGGCCUCUAGCUCCAGCCCUCUCGAUGCCCCUCUUGGGCAAUUCGAGCAUGGUCGAUCCUCGCCCACCAUUUGAACCCAAAUUAACACUUGCUCAUAACAUUAUACCGGCCCCGCCGCCGGAGCAGGCUUCAGGAAGCCCAGUGAAGACCGAUCUUGUUCUCGGGCAUUCAAAGGCCUCUAAGGACAAUUCCCUGGAAAAAACUCAUAAAGAGCGCAUGGAGGACCUAGCUGGGUGCAUGCAGGAUGGAUUCUCGGAGCAACAGAGAGCUAAAAUUGCCGGCAUUUCCGAGACAGACUCCUUCAAGAGGCUCUCCAAGGGACUCGCCGAGAAGGUCAGCUGGCAGCCAGAGGCAGCCUCCACCGUAGCCACUGCGGUGAUGCAGUGCAAGUCCGGCAAUGGGAAGCGGCGGAGCUUCGGGCCAAAGAACGACACUUGGCUUCUGUUCAUUGGCCCUGAUAAGGUCGGGAAGACGAAGAUGGCGACCACCCUGUCCGAGCUGGUGUUUGGCACUGGCCCGGUGACUGUAAACUUUGGUGGCAUCCCACGAACGGAUGGCAAUGAUGGGGAGUCCAAUACUAAUUUCCGAGGGAGAACCUCUCUGGACCGGGUGGUAGAGGCCGUCCGUCGGAACCCGUUUUCGGUGGUUGUGCUUCAGGACAUCGAUCGAGCAGAUGGGCUCGUACAGGGGAGCAUCAAGCGUGCGAUCGAAAGGGGCCGGCUGCCAGACUCCUACGGCCGGGAGGUCAGCUUGGGGAGCGUCGUAUUUAUCCUUACUGCUGAUUGGUUGCCGGAGGAGCUCAGGGCCACCACUGAUUCCAUUGUACAGUGCGAGCAGAAAAUAUUGGAUUCAGCCAAUUGUGGGUGGUGGCAACUGGAGCUUUCAAUUGAGGACAGUCCCGGCAAGCGUCGAGCAGAUUGGCGAUGGGAUGAUGAUCGAGCUGUGAAGCCAAGAAAGGAGAUGUCGGGUGGCGCGGGCCUAUCACUUGAUUUAAAUUUGGCGGCGGGGGUGGAUGAUGAUGUCGAGGAAGGCUCAAGGAACUCCAGUGACCUCACUGUGGAGCACGAGCUCGAGAAGAGAAGGUUGGCGAUCAAGUGUUCGACCUCAUCGGCAGCCUCUGAGCUGAUGGAGUUGGUGGAUGAAGCGGUCGUCUUCAAGCCUGUGGACUUCGGCCCGCUGCGGAGGAAGGUCUCGGAGUCCAUAUCGGCCAAAUUUGCCAGAGUCAUGGGCGGUGGGCGGUCGAUACGGAUGGACGAGGACACACUCGAUUGGAUCGUCGGGAGACUUUGGCUCGCCGGAGCAACCGGCUGCGGCGGAUUCGGGGAGUGGGUGGAGAGGGUGUUGGUCCCUAGCAUGGAGCAAUUGAAGGGUAAUUUGAAGGCCGAUGAAGGAAUGGCGGCCGUCAGGCUCUCGGCGGUGAAGGGCGGGCAGACACGGAGGAGCGGCGCUGGCAACUGCCUGCCGGGGACGGUGGCCAUUGCCAUAGAUGGACACUAGAGAAUUAGUGGUCAUUGUCACAUUUGUUAAGGGUAUAUAUGUAAAUAUAGUUGGAUCUUUUUUUUUUUUAUAACUAGAUUCUCGCCUUUCUUCGGCAGUUAAGUGUCAGGGGAGAAUCAUAACUACCAAUAGGUCCUGGGGAUGAGAUGGCUUAGCGCUCAUAUAAUUCGUAAUUUUGAGAAUAAUUACAUAUAAGUUUUUUAGAACAUUAUUUUAUUGGAAA